UUUUUUACUUGAUUACCUAUCAAUUUUUGCACAGCUUAAAGCAAAACAUAGCCAUAAUUAUAUUGAUAUUUCACGGUUAUAACUAUAAACUAGCCUCAAAACCCAUUCGAGGUAAUAGAAACAAGUCAAGUAUUGUAAGUAGCAGUUCCUUAUUAUUUCUAAAAAAAAUAUUAUAUUAUUUCUUAUUGAAAUCUCAACAACUUAGCAAAAGAAAACACAGUGUGCCAAAUAAACACAGCUGCUACAGUGAAAACGUUUCGCCUCGUUUCGUUAAGUUUGUAAACAGACAAAUUUGUUAUCAACUCAACACACAACCGAUUAGACUAGUCACGGCGAGAGCGAAUUUAUCGCUGAUGACUUCUCACUUAUCGCGCUCAAACAGAGAUACACAGAGAGAGUCAGAAACACAGUAGAUACACAAAAACAAUGCAGUGGCACUGGAGCAACAAAUAAAUAACUGUCGGUUGCGGCGAAUUAAGCGCACAGUUGUUUUCGCCGCACUGCUGGACUACGGUCACCGCUCAACAGUGUAUCAGCACACACUCGCCGCUGAGUAACUCGUUUAGUGCCUCAUAAACGCUGCGCAGCGCAUACAUAGAAUACGAAAACGAGGAAGCGAAGAGAAGUGAAUCGGUUUUUUUUUGUUUUUUUUUCGUACAAUUGUAAAGUAAAGUGAAGAACUGUGAGCGGAGGACUGGAUUGUGUAUAUAGAGUUCGUGGAUGAAUUCUUCCCAAAAGCGUUUUUCGCAUUGUGGGCACGAAAUUCGAGUGAAUCGAGGAAAAUUCGCAAUUUGGAUGAAUGUGAAAAUGCAAAAUUAAGGCAAAUGUUUUAUUAAAUCAAAGAUAAAGUGCAGAAAAGUAGCGAAAAGUGUGUGAAUUAACGGUAAAAAGUGAAGUUUAGUGUUGAUUGUUGUUGUUGGGCCUGUGUGUAGAGACCCAAGCAGCAGGAGGUGCAGACAGUCAACUUUUUUCUCGUACGCUAAAUCAGCCGCCCUGCAACCAGCAAUUUAAGGAAGCUGUCACAGAGAGACUCACACACGAACACACACACACAAAGAGAAGGUUUCUGUGCGCUACACCAACGCUUGGGCCAUUGCUGUUGUUGUACGCGUAUGAGUGUGAAACAUUAAAGUGUACACAUUAGAAGACAAAGGCGAAAAGAAUUUCAUUAAAAUACACACAAUUUAUGUGAAUAAAAAGAUGAGCAUGCGAAAAUUAGCUAACCAACAAUAACGGUAAAGCGGAACAAAAGUCAAUUCAAAUGUUGCAAGCAAAAAGCAGGCAGUAAACAUUUACAAAUAUACAUAUAUGUAAUUACAUAUAAACACAGUAAAAUAUAGAAAAGGUUUGCAAGAAAUCAAACUCAAGUGAAUUUUAAGUGCAAAAUGAUACGCUAUUAAAAUCGCGACAAAUCCAACGAGUGCUUACAACGAGCAGUGUGCGCAUUCGAAACACGCCAGCACCGAUCACACACCCACACUAUAGCAACCGUCAUAACCUGCAACGAAGGCACAAAUUGAAGCGCGCCCACCCAACGAACAACACAUUAGAUGCACACCAAACCGCCAGCGAUCCCGCCAGCAAUUAACAAUUUCAACAUGCCACGCCCACGUUAUGCUGCACGCAUACGCCUACUACUCAAUUUGUUGCUCUUCGCCGCCAUUAUUGCCGAACAUCGCGGCGCUGCCGCUACAGGCGUCGUCAUCGACCCAGAACUUUCAUCACCAUCACCAUUCACUACCGCACCUACCGCUUCGCUACCAACAGCAGAACCGUCACCAGCACCAACAACACCUAAUUCAGUGCCAAAAGCUAGUGUUGCUGACAGCAAACUUGCCUACGACGACGGCAGCACAACGACUGCCAGCAAUGUUUUGGAUGUGAAUGCUUAUGCGGUGAAUGGCAUCGGCAUGGACACCAAGAAUGUGCUCGCCGCUGUAGCCGAUGAUGAUAGCGAAACCGUUGAGACUGAUUAUCAGCUUCCAGUAGCUGCGCCCACCCCGCCCGCUUCCGUAGAGCAGCAGGACCAACCGCUUGUGCCACCCACUACGCUGUCAUUUGCUAAUAUUGCGCCCGCCAGCGGUUUGGAUAGCGAUUUGUAUAACAGUGGCGGUGGUGGGGGUGGCAGCAUUACCGGCUUCGAGUUUGGUGAAGGGGACGGCAAGACGGCCACCACGUCAGGUGAUGCGACACCGCCAUAUGCGGCUGUGGAUGAGAAAUACGUACCAAGUAAACCAUUGAACUUAACCGUUUUGAAUGUAACAUCGACCAGCAUCACUAUGUCAUGGUAUCCACCGAAAAAUCAAAAUGGCGCCAUUGCCGGUUACCAUGUAUUUCAUAUACACGAUAAUCAAACUGGUGUGGAAAUUAUGAAGAACUCACGCAACUCGCAGGACUCUCUCAUCAUUUUCGAGCUGCCUAACUUAAAGCCAUUCACCGAUUACCGUGUCAUUGUCCAGGCGUUCACCAUGAAAAACGAAGGCAACCCCUCCGACCAAAUUGUACAGCGCACCGAUGUCGCCGGCCCGAGUCCACCGUAUGUGGUUAACCUGACGUGUCACUCGCAGGACGCCAUCGCUAUACGCUGGCGGCGACCGCACGAAUUUUACAACACCAUCGAUUUUUAUAUAAUUAAAACACGUGUGGUGGGCCAAGACAACCAUCGGGACAUACGCAUCAAUGCGUCGGCAAAGGAGCUGGAAACUGCGAUGAUACUACAAAAUAUAACAACACACACGGAAUAUGAAGUCAGAGUUGCAGCUGCAACGCUAAGCAUAAUAAAUCCAAAGAAAAUCGUACUGGGCAAAUAUUCCGAACCGAAAAAGAUAUCUUUACAUCCCAACUGUGAAAAGAUUCAAUCACUUCUACGCCAAUCCCAUAAUGACUAUAAUCUUGCUGUGCUCGUUGGAAUCAUAUUUAGCUGCUUCGGCAUUGUGCUCAUCGUAAUGGCAUUCUUUUUGUGGAGGAAAUGUUUCCAUGCCGCCUACUACUACUUGGACGACCCACCACACCAUCCCAACUUGCCGCAAGUCGACUGGGAGGCACCCGUCGAGGUGGCUGGUGAGAUACGUGCCGCUGUGCCGGUCAAUGAAUUCGCCAAGCACGUGGCCUCGCUGCAUGCCGACGGUGAUAUUGGCUUUAGUCGCGAAUACGAGGCGAUCCAAAAUGAAUCGAUUGAUGAUUUACCCUGCGAACAUUCCCAGCAUCCAGAGAAUAAGCGCAAGAAUCGCUAUCUCAAUAUAACAGCCUACGAUCACAGCCGCGUCCACCUGCAUCCCACGCCCGGACAAAAGAAGAAUCUUGACUACAUUAAUGCCAAUUUCAUUGAUGGCUAUCAGAAAUCGCGCGCCUUUAUCGGCACGCAGGGUCCACUGCCAGACACGUUCGACUGCUUCUGGCGCAUGAUUUGGGAGCAGCGUGUGUCCAUAAUUGUGAUGAUUACCAAUUUGGUGGAGCGCGGGCGUCGGAAAUGUGACAUGUAUUGGCCGAAGGAUGGCAUCGAGACCUAUGGUGUUAUACAGGUGAAAAUGGUCGAUGAGGAGGUUAUGUCCACCUACACAGUGCGUACGCUACAAAUCAAGCACUUGAAGGUAAAACAGUUAAAGAAAAAGAAGCAAUGCAAUGCAGAGAAAAUCGUCUAUCAGUAUCACUACACAAAUUGGCCCGAUCACGGCACACCCGAUCAUCCACUGCCAGUGUUGGACUUUGUGAAGAAAUCCUCAGCUGCGAAUCCCGAGGAUGCGGGUCCCAUUGUAGUGCACUGCAGUGCCGGUGUUGGUCGUACUGGCACCUACAUCGUCUUGGACGCCAUGCUUAAGCAAAUACAACAGAAAUUAGUUGUAAACGUAUUCGGUUUCUUACGACAUAUACGCAUACAGCGUAAUUUCCUCGUACAAACCGAGGAACAAUAUAUAUUUAUACACGAUGCGCUUGUCGAGGCGAUUGCCUCGGGCGAAACGAAUUUGCGUACAGAGCAAGUCGAAGAACUGAAGAACUGCACACCCUAUCUGGAACAGCAGUACAAAAAUAUUAUACAAUUCCAAACGAAAGACAUACACAUUGCAUCUGCGAUGAAGCAGGUGAAUUCGGUGAAAAAUCGUGGUGCCAUAUUCCCCAUUGAAAGUAGUCGUGUCCAUCUAACGCCCAAACCGGGCGAGGAGGGUAGCGAUUAUAUAAAUGCGUCGUGGCUGCACGGCUUUCGGCGUUUACGUGACUUCAUCGUCACACAACAUCCGAUGUCACAUACUAUGAAAGAUUUCUGGCAAAUGGUGUGGGACCACAAUGCCCAGACCAUUGUACUGCUGUCAUCACUGGACGAAAUUAAUUUCGCACAAUUUUGGCCAGAUGACACGCAACCCAUCGAAAGUGAUUACUAUCGCGUCAAAUUUCUACGUAAGACGAACAAAAGCGAUUAUGUUAGUCGUGAUUUUGUCAUACAAUCGAUACAAGAUGAUUACGAGCUAAAUGUGAAAAUGCUGCACUGUCCCAGUUGGCCGGAGAUGUCGAAUCCGAAGAGUAUUUACGAUUUCAUUGUUGAUGUACACGAACGUUGCGCCGAUUAUCGCAAUGGACCAAUUGUCGUUGUGGAUAGAUAUGGUGGCGCACAGGCGUGCACCUUCUGCGCCAUCUCGUCCCUGGCGAUGGAAAUGGAAUACUGCAGCACGGCGAGCAUCUACCAGUACGCCAAACUGUAUCACAACAAACGGCCGGGCGUUUGGACCUCCAGCGAAGAUAUACGCCUCAUCUACAAUAUACUCUCGUUUUUGCCGCGCAAUCUGCAACUGCUUGAACGUACAGCGUUGCGCACGGAAUUCGAGGAUGUGACAACGGCCACACCGGAUCUCUACAGUAAAAUCUGUAGCAAUGGUAAUAUAAAUGCCCAGCAAAACUGUAAUAAUUUGGUCUAUCAUAAUCAUAGUAGUAGCGUAAAUCAUAGUAAUAGUAUUAGUAAUAUAAAUGUGCUAAAUGCAAAUGCAAAUGCUUGUAAUAAUACCAACAACACCACCACAAACAAUCUGAAUACAAAUUAUACAACAAACAAUACAACAACAACAACAACGACUGCUACAACUACAACUCCAACUACGGUUGAUACUAGUGGUGGCAACAUAACACCACCAACAACGUUGACGCCCAAUACGAGCGAAAAUAAUUUACAAUAUCAACAACACCACCAACAAUCAUCACAGCAACAACCUCAUUAUGCAUCACAACACAUGCAGUCGCUCAAUUCAGUACAGUCAUCAACAACAACAGCAACCAACACACCAGCACUUACAAACUCACAGACACCAACACCAACACCACAACCAUCAUCAUCAUCAACAUCAUCAUCAGUCACUACACCAACAAUAUCAACAUCACCAGCAGCACCACUAGCAUUAAUAACGGCAAACCAUAAUAGUACAGCUAUGUUUGUAACAACACCCGAUUUGACUAAUAUGACGACCAACAGCAACAGCAUCAACAACACUAACAAUUGUAAUGCUAAUCUAAUUGGUAAUGCUAAUUAUAAUGAAAAUUUUGCUAAUACUAAUACUACUACUAAUGCCUACACUACUGCAACCAACACCACUAACCAACAUAAUACAAUACCAUAUUGUGUAUCCCCCAAUACGAAUAUCAACACCAACACCAACACCACUACCAAUAUCAAUACCAAUACCGAUUCCGUUUCCACUAAUCAUUAUACAAAAACACCCACUUCCAUUGCUGCUAUUUCCACUAAUGGUGAACGGUUUUCUCUUGUAAAUAAUUUGGAACAACAACAACACCACCACCACCAUGAACAACAACAACCACAUCAAUCUGAACCAACUCAUCUGCACCAUCACCAUAACCAACAACAACCAACAUCACAACUAACUUCGUUAACUGACGCUGUCGCUGAACUGCAAUUGUAUGGCGCGCAUGGUAAUCCAAACCUUACAACAACUGAUCGCUUCGAUUGUUACGCAACAACAAUGCCACUGCCGCCACCGCCACCUGCUUUCGACAACGAUACGGAUUUGGCUUUCCAACAACAACAACAACAAAUCCAUCAACAAAAACAACAACACCACCAACUGGACCCGCUAAAUUCGCUCGCUGACGCAAAUGCUUCAACAAUGACUACACCUUGCUCGGAUGACAUAAUUGAUGGUCUAACACCAUUAUUACCCCCGCCACCGCCACAAUAUCCAAACGCCUAUGCAAAUAACACUUGCAACAUGGCUAAUGUUAACUCCACCACACCGUUAACAAAAUCCGCAUCCAACACUUCUGUAUCUUCUACUACCGCAACAAUUAAUUACAAUGGUAAUGGUUACGGUAAUGGUAAUGGGAAUAAUAAUCAAACCAUUUUGCAUGGUAAUGGUAACGGUUUAUUAAAUGCCACUAAUACUAAUACGAAACAAAUGACAACUCUAACAACAACUAAAGCAGCGACUGUUACAGAUGCUCAAAGUUUAGAUAUUGUAGGUUAGAAUUACAAAAAAAAAUAAAAAUAAAAAUAAUAUAUAAAUAUAAAUAUAUAUGUAUAAAUAUAUUAAAUUAAACGUACAUAUAAAUAUGAGUAGGUAGUAGCUAUUAAGGAAAAAGUGAAAUUUAUAAAUAGACUAACAAAUUAUUUUUAUGCAAAUUACAAUUAAAAAAAAAUUAAAACAAAACCAACAAUGAGAAUGAAAAAAGCAAAUGCUCGCGAACCCUCCUAAGCAUGAUUGUAAAUUUUUUCAAUGAAAACGGCAGCCAACUGCUGACUGAAUAUGGUAACAGUAUAUAGCGUUGUGCUAAAAAUGAGCAGCACUAUUGCCUAAGUGAGAAGUAAACUUAUACUAAAUAUUUAUUUUAAAUAAUAUUUUUAAGUAAUUACUGUUUAUAUUUAAGCAGUUGUGUAUGCUAGAAAUUUUCUAAAAGUAUUUUAAAGCUAUAUUUAUUACAAUUAAUUGUCUUACUGUCAUAUAUUUAUGUAUAAAAUAAAUAAAUUUAGUUUCAGUAAUUUAUUACGUACGAAUUAGGGUUGUCCUACAAGUUUGUCGCAAACUUUUAUAUAAUCUUCGUCAUAUAAAUGGUUAGAAAAAAAAAACACAGAAUAACUAAACCCACUUUAUAAACGUAUUUAGAAUUGUGUUAUCCACAGCAGUCAAUAACUGCAAAUUAAAUAUAUUGUUUAAAUUUUAUAUUAUAUAAGCAAAGCAUGAGUUAAAAUUAAGCCUACCAUUGUAUAGUCAUAAUUCACAAAAAAAAACACAAGCAAAAACAAAAUAAAAUCCAUCUCAUAUGUUAAAUAAAUAAUUAAACAAAAAAUAUAUAUGCAAAGUAAAGAAAGAAAUAUCAAACAAAUUUAAAUGCAUGCACUUUAUUGAUUUCUGCGUGUUAAGUACUCGUAAGUAACCACCAAAUGCAUACACAUACAUAUGUUGUAUUUUAUAUGAAUGUGUUUCUAAAUAAAUUUCUUCUAAAUACUUCA